UUAAUUGUACGGAAGUAAAUAUUUCCAUAGUGACAGGUCGUGGCGGCCAUGUUUUGUUUUUGACAGGCAAAUUUAUCAAAUUUUAUAUCUGCAGGCGUUUAACUAUACAUAAUUGGAUGUGUUUGUAAUUUGCCUUGUCAUCAUAAGUCAUGAGUGCUGACAUACCAAGCAGUCAGAGUCAGGAGAUGACAGACAAUGAGCCCGGUGUUCAGAAUCCUGCGUCCACGGAGAAUGUGCCGAGCAUUCCGGAGGAUGAGUCCCAAGCUGAGGGUCAGGUGUCUGCCCCCAGUGACCAGGAUGUUGACUACGCUGAGCCGACAGAUAACGAACAGAGCGACGAGAAUCUGCUGACCGCAGGCACUGACCAGGCUGGUCAAGAUCUGGUGAUGUCUGAUCAGGAGCUGGUCACAGAUAACGAACCCGUUCCACUGCCCAUACCAAAUGAGCUGGCUUUGAACUUCAUCAGUUCCAUUGAUCCAAAAGAAGACUUCAAAUAUCUGAUGUUCAGCGACCACUUGGUGACGGUCUCGGACACGGGAAAGGAGCUGGGCGAGUUCUCGGUGUCGAUAGAACCGACCAAGUAUCACUGCAAGGACGCGUUUCUCGUCCACGCCAACAGCCACGGUGCCGUCGACAACGUCCCGUGUGGGACGUCCAUCACAUGUUACGUGUCACCGCAGCUCGAGACACUGGAUCAGCAACAUCAUGAAUAUGUUAAGCUUGAGAAUUGUCCCCUUGACAGAAAAACUGGUAUUAUUAAAACGGAAGAAGGCUUUAUUGUUAACAGAAUCAUUACUCAGGGACAGGAUGUUCAACGGACUUCGAAAACAUGGUCACCUGAAAGCAUGAAAGGGUUUAUUUCAGAAGGCUCCAACCUGCUGCUCCACCGACUGCUAAUUGAGAAGACGCUUCCCGAUGACAUGCACUUUAUAUCCUUCGACUCAGAUGCAAAUCUGUGUGAUGCCACAUACCGAGGUCUCAAUGAGCGAACACAGACAGUCCAGGGAGUAGAACUACCAGUGAUAGGGAUCGAGAGAACGAUCAACUCUACUGUCGACCUACCCACAACGUGGCAGUCAUACUUCAUGUCUGAUUGCCAUUUGACAAACAGAGUGCAAGUUGGGUCUCCAGUUACAAUGAAACUGGCCGAAGUGCCUGAGCUGAUUGAGAGAGACGAGGAGCCACCGAAGCCAGUAUUUACGAAACAGCCGCUCAACUGGGAGGAGGAUAUGCAGAUGUAUUCCAAGUUCCUUGACAGAAAGGAGGAGUUGAAGAAUGACCACGCCGUGUAUAUGCACCACCACCCCGAGCUCAAGGCGCUGCUGGCAGACUUUUUACAGUUUCUCUUGCUACGGAAACCCGCCGAUGUGAUAUCGUUUGCCGCUGACUACUUCUCUGCGUUUUCAACAACAAUGCCUUCUCAGUCUCCGUACCUCGCAUCGAACGCGUCGACGCCAUUCCCAGCAAGUAGGACUAACACAAACAUCGAAAAGUUGAAAAAAUCGAGAUAGGAUAAAACAGUUAGCUAUGGGAGAUAUAUAAGAAAUGAUUUCAUAUGUAGUAUAUUUUACAGAAGAGAGGUUGUUAACUGUUAUUUAUAUAUAAAAAGCAAAGAAACAAGUGGCGAUCUCCUUUGUCUUUUGUCGGUCUCUAUUGUUUGUCCUGAGUGCAGCAUUUUGAUAGAUCAUAACAGUUGAAAUUUUUAUUGUAUAUUUCUUGUUACUGGUAUUUAAUUAAAUGAAUGAAUUUUUAAUAGCACCCCGGUAUGAGAAGAAAGAAAAACACAAUUUACCUGACUGAUUGAAGCAUUAUUUUAUUUAAUACACAGAUUUAUUAUUAAAACAUUGAAUAUUUUCAUUUGAAACUGGCAAAUAAGAUUUAUUAAAAACUUGUGUCUAUAACUUCUUCGUUUUUUUAAACAUUUGUUGAGGAUAUUUUUAUUUUUUUAAAGGUGCAACUAGUGUUAUAAGAACAAAGUAAAGAUGGAAAAUGUCAUUAUUUAUUAACAGUGUUUGCCAUUACCACAAUCGCUUCAAGUCAUUAAUCAUUUAGAAUAUCACAGACUGCAGUUUUCAAAGUUCUAUAGGUCAAAGUUACUCAUUGGGGAAUUUUAUUUCUGUUCCUACUACAUGGCUGAUGUGUUUUAAAAAAGUCAAAUACCAGACUGUGAUAUAGGUGAAGGCCAUUGCAGCAGUGUGGAUGUGAAGCAUCAAAAGUCUAAGAAGUUGAACCUCGUGGAACCGAAUAGUUGAAUUUCAGUGACAAUAACGUUAUUUGGUUUCAAACUAAUAGACAUUGGGACCUCUGUCAUUGGACUGGAAGUCACUGUACUGGAAAACGUUAUAAAUAUAAUAUAAUGUACAAGAUAAUGUACUCCCCAAAUAAAAUGGCUUCUAGAAUCACAAGAAAUUACUACAAAUAUAUAUGUUAACAUCAUAAACAUUUUUGAGAAUGUAGCCUAGUACUUGACCACACAACUAGCUUUAAGCAAAUGUAGGAAGCAAAUUUAAUAUUGUUAAAUGGAAGGUAUAAUAUGUCGUUCAUGGUGUCUUCAUAAGAAAAAUAAAUUCCAUACAUGUACAUUUAAAAAAGCAUAUUUUACAAAUGAAUAUUUCUGUUGCAAAUAUUUGUACUAGGUUGUCAUAAAUAUGAUAGUGUUGUUCGUAAAUAAUUAAUAUUGGUGUGAUACACAGCAUACUGCUUUUAAUUAUUUUAAAUUUUAAUUAUUUUUUUUACAAGCAAAAAUUCUAAUAAGGAUUUACAGAUGUAUUUAUUUUUGGUUAUAUAUUGGAUUUCCUAUGUGACUUUAUGACUCGUUAUCUAUUUACUAAUUUAUUAGUUAGAAAACAUGAUGCAUUUUUGUUCCACUGAUUUUGAUGUAUACUGUGAUUAACAGUUACAUGAAUAUGGACACAACACUCUUUGACAGCAUUCAGGUCUAAUAGAAAGGAAAGUCAUAUCUGUUUAACCACACCUUAGCACAUUUUAAAUGAGAGAGAGAGAGAGAGGGAGGGAGAGGUUUGGAAAACGAGAGGGAGGAAAGACAGUGCGUGUGUAUAUGAGAGAGGGAGGGGUGAGAAAACCUACCAUCACACAUUCUGAACAUUACAAGACAGAACAGUACAUAACAUGGCCUUUGAUGUAAGGUCCAUCAAAGAGAUUUUUUGAAUGAGUUUUUGUAAUCAAUGGCUAUUGAAACAAAACAAAAAAGCCCAAACGAACAACAUCAAACUAUCCACCAAAAUACCCCACAUCUGUUUCUGAAUUUAAUAUGUAGAAUUGUACAGUUAUUUAUUUAUUUUUAAAUAAACAAUACUACUUCUUGUUAACAUAGAGCUAGCCUUUAGAAGCAUUUUAUGUGGCAAAAACAAAAGACUUUGACUGUACAUAUGACACAAAGUCUGCCCAAUAGCUGGCAGGGUCCUUUCCCAGCAUAAAAUACUGACCAGUGUUUGUGUUUUGGUUACUGUUGCAGCAUAUAUGUGUAUGUGUAUGUAAUUUUGUAUAUAUGAUGUAUGUACUUUUGUCUAUAUGUGUGUGUUUUAUAGUCACUCUGGACAGUGGCAGAGUUUGAGUCAUUUGUGAUGUGGUAAUACAUGUUAAACAAAUAUUUAAAUCGGGGCAUGUAUCCCCUGUAGCAUAAUGAAUAUGUACUCCAGUACCCCUAUAUUUUUGUUAGUCUGAUCUUGUAUUAUAAUAUUACAUUAGUUGCUCAAGUCUUUAUCCCACAAACAGCUGGUGAUUGUUUUCUAUAUUUUUACAUUUAUUGUAAAGUGGACAUAUCGUAUGUAUUAAAUAACAAGCUUCUGCCUCGGUUUUAAGACCCCAGUUUUAGCAGUAUUCGUGAGUCAAAUAAAACUGACAAUCUAAGGCAGAAAGUUGUUAUUGUCUGUAUGUGUAUAUAGAAAUAGGAAUAUAUGUCAUGAAUGUUUAUUUAUCUUGUUUGUUGUUUUGUGUGUGAGUUGAAAUCGCACAAAUUGUUGACUGUGUUAACCCAUUUUUAAAUUCUUAUAGAUUUUUUGAUUGGUUAGUAGUGGACGUCUUAUCAGUGCCUUGGCCAGGCUGCCAAAAUAUACAAAGUAGAUUUAUGAAAAUAUGUCGAACACAGGUUCAUACUGCAGUUGAGAUACUGAAGACAUGAGGCUUUAAAAAAAUGUGGUUAUGAGAACCCAACAUUAUUUUUUUGACCCUUUUUUUUUCAAUGCAUUUUUUUCUUUUCUGACUUAAACAAAAUAAUAAUAUGUACCCGGUAGUUAAAAAGAGUACAUACAUAUUUUAUUUUGAGCAGAAGGGUGAAUGUAGUUAAAAUACAACUUUGUUUAACAAGCUGAUUGACCCAAUCUAAAAAGAAUUAGUUCUUCUUGGAACCCAAUUUUUUAUUUGUUUUAUAUACCUGACUUGAAAAAUACAUGAAACAUUCCUCUCAAGCUAAGACUUGUUGCCUUAAGUCAGUAAAUGUAAGUUUUUUCAUGCAGUAUUUAGUUUUGCCAUUUAGUAAGUCUACUGCCAUGUGAUCCUGUUUUUACAGCAUUAGAUGUUUUAUGAGACAAUUAUCAACAUUAUCACACAUGUACAAAGAGGACACCUUUUAUUGACACCCCACCCCCACCCAUUCACCCCAAAAGUUUGCAAAAUAAAAUAUUGAUCUUUCACCCAGAAGCUUUCUUUACUUUUGUUUAUUUCAUUAUACAUACUGGAAGUUCUUCUGAACUUUCAGGAUUUCUACAUUAAAUCUUUUUAUUAAAAAUAAGAUGAUAAAUGGGCAUGAAUUGGCACUGUGCCAUGUGCAAUUUGGACUUUUUUUCAGGUUUGGUAGGAAGGGCGACAUUAAUUUGUAACUGAAUGUUUAAAGUAAUCAUUAAGUCCUCCUCCACAUACCCCCACCCACCCACCCCACCCCCCUGGAAAUGGUUUGUAGACUUGUGAUAAUGUUGAGACGAUUACAAAUGAGGCAUUUGUUUUGUUUCCUUGUGAUGUACCUUUUUAGCAUAUCCCCAUAUUUUGAAAUAUUAAUGUCAGUAUAGUGAUUUAGAAAAGGAAUUUUAUCUUGGCUUUUGCUUAAGACAGUUGCAUUCAAUGUGAUACAGUGUGUAUUUAUUUUACUUAUAUGUGUGUGUGUGUGUGUGUGUGCGCGUGCGUGCGUGCAUGUCUCUGUCCAUUACAUGACAUUUUAAAUAUUUAAGCUCUAUAAGAAACACGGACCUGUGGUUAAGGGGAAAGGAAAUGAAAACACCUGAGCACAUUUCUAGACCACUGCUGUUUAGUGUCUGACAGAGAAUAUUACUAGAGAAACUAUUUAUUUACAGAAACUAUUUAUUUACAAGUUAUUUCAAAACAUACCCAACAAGUGAAAAUAUUCUAUUUCUUACACAUCCUAAAUAAAACCAAAAGAAGGUUUAAACUACAUUAAACGUCUUUUCCAACUAAAACACAUGUUCGACUCUUGCAUUUCAGUUUCAUGUUACUUGCAUGUCACAGAGCUAUCAAUUUUGAUCAGGUUUCUUGUUUUCAUUGGAUGGUGUGGUUGUAAGGUCCAGACCAUAACCUUGGAACAGCCAGUCGUAUGUCUUAAAAUGAUAAAAUAGACGUGUCUGUGUGUGUUAUCAUUAAUAACACAUGAUGUUGUAUUAGUGGGUGUGUAAGAAAUAGGGUUAUGUUGACACUUAAUCUAGAGAGUGAGAUAGGAAGCCUACUAGUGUCACAUUGAUUAUUCCUACCUAGUAGCAGCAAGGGAUCAUUUAUAUGCACUAUUGGGACAGGAACAAACCUGGUGGGUCCACCAAGGUGACUGAACUUAAGACCAAUCCCACUUCAGGCGAGUUUGAUUUGGGGUCACAGUAAAAUUUCAUAGGAAACGAAUAUUUGUUUUAUGGGCUCACCUGAGGUCUUAUGAUCAAACCUCGGUUGACCCAUUCUCUAAUUGUUUUUGUUUUUUUAACUCUCUCACGACCCAUGACUGGUAUAUCAAAUGACAUGAGAUGUGCUGCCUUAUUUGUGAAAAUGUGCAUAUUAAAGAUCCCUUUCUACUAAUGGGGAAAAUGUGAGUUUCCUCUAAAGACUGUAUCUUAGAACAAUCAAAUGUUUGUUUAUCCAAUAGUGGAUGAUUGAUUAAUCAAUGGGCUCUAAUGGUUUCCUUAAAAAAAAAAAAAAAAAAAAAAAACUUUAAGCUUGUAUCAUCGUUCCCCAACAUAAUGUUUAAUCAUUGGAUGUUUCCCAUGUUUCAGAGGGUGAGAGAAAAAACAUUUUUCUGUGACAGAUUAGCAGCAAGAAUUGUUUAUAUGCAAAUUCCCACAAACAGGACACAAUAUACCACAGCUGUUGAUUACAUUUGUGUAUCACUGGAAUAGAAAGUAAUCCAGUGAGAGUAAUGAUGUCAUUUUCUAAAGCAAGAACUUUAUAUUAAAUUAUUAGUUUUCCAUUAUAUCUAAUACAUAAUAAAUUUUGAGCUUAUAGAUUUCAUUUUCUUAAUAUUAGUGGUUUCAUCUAGGGUUAUAUAUGGAGUCCAGCAUGAACCCACAUGACGUCUGGUCUAAAUACUAGUAAUCUGUUUGUGGUGUUUAGUUACGUUUCUCGUGUUAUGUUGCUGUUUUGUUUUGUUAAUGGAUCUUGGACAUAAAUAAAGUGAUAUUUUUCUGCUGAAA